AGGAAGGCAUUUCAUCAAACACCUUUGUAUCACUAACAUUACCCACCUUUUUUUUUUGUUCAAAACAAUGGCUUUAACUUCAUUUUUUUCUCUUCCUCUUCCUUCUCUUCACAAACAAUUUCCAUCAAAAUACUCCACAUUUCGUCCUAUUAUUGUUUCUUUAUCCGAAAAACCAACAAUCGUGGUAACCCAACCUACAAAAUUAUCUACCAGGACAAUACCCGGCGACUAUGGGUUGCCGGGUUUUGGUCCAUGGAAAGAUAGGCUUGAUUACUUUUACAAUCAAGGCAAAAACGAUUUUUUCGAAUCAAGAGUAGUGAAAUACAAAUCAACUAUAUUCAGAACGAACAUGCCACCGGGACCAUUCAUUUCUUCUAAUCCGAAGGUUAUUGUUUUGCUCGACGGCAAGAGUUUCCCAGUCCUUUUCGAUGUUUCGAAAGUCGAAAAAAAGGACCUCUUCACCGGAACUUACAUGCCGUCGACUGAACUCACCGGUGGUUACCGUGUUCUUUCUUAUCUUGACCCAUCUGAACCAAACCAUGAAAAAUUGAAAAAAUUGAUGUUCUUCCUUCUUUCUUCUCGUCGUGAUCACGUUAUACCCAAAUUCCAUGAAACUUAUACAGAGUUGUUUGAAACCCUAGAUAAGGAAAUGGCGGAAAAAGGUAAAGCUGGUUUAAACUCCGGCAAUGAUCAAGCUGCGUUUAAUUUCUUAGCUAGAUCGUUGUUCGGAGUUAACCCAGUUGAAACUAAACUCGGAGGUGAUGGUCCGACAUUGAUCGGAAAAUGGGUUUUGCUUCAGCUUCAUCCUGUGCUUACUCUCGCUCUUCCGAAGUUUCUAGACGACUUAAUCCUCCAUACUUUCCGGUUACCUCCGUUUCUGGUGAAGAAAGAUUACCAGAGACUUUACGAUUUCUUUUACACCAACUCCGCCAAUUUAUUCGUCGAAGCUGAAAAACUCGGCAUUUCUAAAGAAGAAGCUUGUCAUAAUCUUCUCUUCGCUACUUGCUUCAAUUCCUUCGGCGGGAUGAAGAUUUUCUUCCCGACUAUGAUGAAAUCGAUAGCGAAAGCAGGGGUGGAGGUCCAUACCCGUUUAGCAAACGAGAUCCGAUCGGAAGUAAAAUCCGCCGGCGGGAAGAUCACGAUGUCGGCGAUGGAGAAAAUGCCGUUAAUGAAAUCAGUAGUAUAUGAAGCUUUACGAGUUGAUCCUCCGGUAGCUUCACAAUACGGAAGAGCCAAACAGGACCUUAAGAUCGAAUCACACGACGCCGUUUUCGAGGUGAAAAAAGGUGAAAUGCUGUUCGGGUACCAACCAUUUGCAACGAAGGAUCCGAAAAUUUUUGACCGGCCGGAAGAGUUCGUCGCCGAUCGGUUCGUCGGAGAAGAAGGAGAAAAGUUAUUGAAAUAUGUAUUAUGGUCUAAUGGACCGGAAACGGAAAGUCCGACAGUGGGGAAUAAACAGUGUGCUGGAAAAGAUUUUGUAGUGAUGGUUUCGAGGUUAUUCGUAACGGAGUUUUUUCUCCGUUACGAUACAUUCAACGUCGACGUUGGUACGUCGGCGUUGGGGGCUUCAAUUACUAUAACUUCUUUGAAAAAAGCUUAAUUUUUGAAUCGAGGUCAAGAGUCGAGAGUCGGAUCUAGACUAUCUGCCAGUGUAUGUGUUGCUUGUUCUUAUAAUUUCAGUAAUUGUUUCACAAAAGGGGUGAAUUUUUGUUUGUUGUUUAGAUUUGGGUUGUGUACAUGUUUUUUUCCAUCUAAAUUACUUUUUUCUAUCCCAAAA